AUGAGUUCAAACGGGCUAAAAGUAUUAAAGAAAAAGUUAGUAUAGAAUUGAAAAGUUUAGUGAAAAAUUCCUUUAUUUCUCAAUCAUUUUACUAAUUUGUUUCUCAUAAAAUUGUUAUUAAUUGCAUAAAUUGAAGGAUAAUGGAUAAUAUAACGAUAUAUACAUAUAAUUGAUUCAUUAUUUUACAUUUACAGCAGCAAUUCUUGUCCACAAAAAGUACGAUGUCAAAAAUGUCUAGAAAUGGGACAUUGGAGUUAUGAAUGUAAAGGGAAACGAAAAUAUUUACAUAGAUCUUCGCGUACAACACAGUUGAAGAGAGCUUUGCAAAAGCAACAAGAAUCUAAUGGUGAAGAACAGAAGAAAGAAGUAAAGAAGAGUCGUUUACAAAAAAAAAUGAAAGGAAAAUCUAGUAGUUCCAGCACUGAUAGCAGCAGUUCCAGUAGUAGUAAUGAUAGCAGUAGUAGUAGCUCAUCUUCAGACAGUGAAUCAGAUUCUACUGAUAGUGUUUCUAGUAGUAGCAGCGGUAGCAGUAGUAGUAGCAGUAGUAGCAGCAGUAGUAGCAGUAUAACGUCUACUUCAUCUCCAGGUUUACAACGAUCACAGAGAUCUGAUAGAAGAAUACAUUCUUUGCUUCUAGGUAUUCUUCCUGCAGGAAUUUUACCUGGUGAUUCUUGAAUUGUAAUUUUUUGGUAAUUUCUGUAUAUUGUUUGUUCCAUGUUAAUCUGUAAUUAGUUUUACUAGUUACUUACUUAUAUUUAUAGAUUUUACUUAUAUAUUGCAUGUAUAAAUAACAUUAUUUAACAUUUAUACUUACCAUAAAAGGUCCAAUGCUUUGACAUUCAGGACAUGAGCCCGGCUUAACUUCGGUAUUUUGAUUUUGUACAAAAGGACCAAGUACAUAUCCACAUUUUGUACAAUCAUAUUUUACAACAGAUAAUUGUGGAAGUACUCCUGUAGUUGCAGUGACAACUCCUAGAGUACGUACUAGUUGAUUCAAAUGUAACUUCCUAAUUUUUAUCAUAAACGAUAUAUAAUAUUUUUAAAGAGUAAACCAUUUUUCUCAAUAUAUAACUAUAUUUUACCUAAACGUGCGAAUUUCUUCUAUUAAUGGUAGCUCUGAUAUUCUGACAUGAAUUUCACCAGUAACUCUUUCAUAGCUGGGAAAUAUAUUUAAUACUAAUUCUUUUGCAACUUCAUCAAAUAUUUCUAACAUUUGAAAUGGUGCUUCUGGUAGGAAAUAAGCCAAAACAUGUUCUUUACUAGCAAGAAUAGGAAAUUCCACAACAAAGCUAGACUAUUAAAAAAUAAUAUAAGUAUUUUACGUCUUAACACGAGGAUUAUUAGUAUUAAUAAUAUAAAAAUAUUACUUGGUUACUCUCACACAUAUGACGAAUUCGUUCUUUAUACAUAUAUUGUCCUUUUGAAUUAGUAUGUGUACGAAGAAAACUUUUAAAACGAUUGGAAAUUUCAGUUUUUGGCCCUAACAUAGAUACCCACUCUUUGAUUGAAUGACCUUUUGUAUCUUCUAAAUUCUCAAUUGAUUCAAUCAUCUAUGAUAAAAAUAAAUAUUAUUAUUAAUAUAAUAGAAUACAUUUUAUAAUAAAAGAAAAAAUCUUACCUCUAUAUCUUCAAUUUCACCCACUGCUGCUUUUUCAGCCAUACGUCUCUUACGAGCUUGUGUUUCUUCUUCAUCACUUUCAUCUUGAAUAUUUCAAAGAUAUAUUACAAUAUAUUUGAAAAAAGAUAUAUUAAUUGUUACAGAAGCUGGACUAUACCAUAGAGUAA